GGACAGUGACCAGUGUCCAGCACUGUGCGGAAGAUCCCAUACAAAGGCAUGGUCGAUUGCACUACCAAAUAAGGAAGUGUUUUGAAAUCCCCAUUCUUUUGCGGAGCCUCUAAAAGCCCAAGCACAUAGCUUGAUCCGUCACUCUGAGUCCGGCUGAGAUAGCACGCAGCACAAGCUCCCAACCAAAUAAUCUUUAUUCCUGCACUUAAAAAACCAAAUCAAAUAAUUCAACAUGUGUGACGAAGAAGUUGCCGCUUUAGUUGUGGACAAUGGCUCCGGUAUGUGCAAAGCCGGAUUUGCCGGAGAUGAUGCUCCCCGUGCUGUCUUCCCAUCCAUCGUUGGACGCCCACGUCAUCAGGGUGUCAUGGUCGGUAUGGGACAGAAAGACAGCUAUGUAGGAGACGAGGCUCAGAGCAAGAGAGGUAUCCUUACCCUGAAAUACCCAAUUGAGCACGGUAUUGUUACAAACUGGGAUGAUAUGGAGAAAAUCUGGCAUCAUACUUUCUACAAUGAGUUGCGUGUAGCUCCAGAGGAACAUCCAGUUCUGCUCACAGAAGCUCCACUCAACCCCAAAGCCAACAGAGAAAAGAUGACACAGAUUAUGUUUGAAACUUUCAACACACCCGCCAUGUAUGUAGCUAUCCAGGCCGUACUGUCACUGUAUGCAUCUGGUCGUACAACUGGUAUUGUGAUGGACACUGGUGAUGGUGUAACCCACACAGUACCAAUCUAUGAAGGUUAUGCUUUGCCACACGCCAUCCUUCGUCUGGAUUUGGCUGGACGUGAUCUUACUGACUACCUCAUGAAGAUCCUGACAGAACGUGGUUAUUCAUUCACAACCACAGCCGAAAGAGAAAUCGUUCGUGACAUCAAGGAGAAACUGUGCUACGUAGCUCUGGACUUCGAACAAGAAAUGGCAACCGCUGCUUCAAGUUCAUCACUAGAAAAGAGCUAUGAAUUGCCUGAUGGUCAGGUUAUUACCAUUGGUAACGAACGUUUCCGUUGCCCAGAGGCCCUCUUCCAACCUGCUUUCUUGGGUAUGGAAUCUGCCGGUAUCCAUGAAACCACUUAUAACAGCAUCAUGAAGUGCGAUAUUGAUAUCCGUAAGGACCUGUACGCCAACACUGUACUCUCCGGUGGUACCAGCAUGUACCCAGGUAUUGCUGAUCGUAUGCAGAAGGAAAUCACCAGCUUGGCUCCCAGCACAAUGAAGAUCAAGAUUAUUGCUCCACCAGAGCGUAAAUACUCCGUAUGGAUCGGUGGCUCCAUCUUGGCUUCCCUCUCCACCUUCCAACAGAUGUGGAUCAGCAAACAAGAAUACGACGAGUCCGGCCCAUCCAUCGUUCACCGCAAGUGCUUCUAAAUGCCCAAAACUGCCGAGGUCUAGUUGGCAAACCGCCUUCGCGAUAUACACUGAAAUAUACAAACUCAUAACUGCUCUGGGAAUACUAUCACCAGACUGUUAUCUAAUACACUGGCAAUACAAGACUUGGUCUCUGAAACUAGUGUAUAUCAAGACCAUUUACCAUUUCUUGUACAUUUUCAGUUUUACAAACCAUUUAUAAAUAAAUUAAUGUAUGAUUUUUUUUCACACUAGUAUGCAUAUAGUUGUUUGCUUGCGUGACUGAAUGGUCGAUUGUUUAUCAGAAGUUGCAAGCCUGAGCCAUAGUCUCGAACAGUUGGGUGUCUGAAUAAAUUCAAUCAUUUGAAUUUUUUUUUAAUCACGUGCAAUUGUCUGCAGCAGUUCAGAUUCUAGUUCAUGGCUUCCCAUCCUAUUCCGACACGCGCUCAGUUGUAAACUCCGCAGACUACUUGUUCAACGUCAAUUUAUGGCGCCCGCAGUGCCGAAUUCAUUUUGUACUUUCGAAAUUUAAGUUGCGCCCUCUGUUGCAUUACUUGUCCACAGAGGGCGCAAUAAGUUUCUAUCCAGGGAAACUGUGGCUUGUGCUGGUCCGGUGUUCGGCAUGAGCUACUAAUUAAUUUAAUCGUAUAGUUUGUGGCAGUAACCGUGACAGUUUAGUUUAUCAAUUACCACAUCAUCAAUCAGAUAUUCGUGAAAUGUAAAGUAUGAUCUAAUCACAAUGUGGGUCACCUCUUUGUUUGCAAAAUAAAAUUUGGUGAGAGGCUGAUUUUAAUUUUUAAAAUCGAUAACUUGAAUUUUGUUCAUGAACAUGUUCAUUUUAUGUGACCGUAACUACCUGUGCUUUCAAGUUUUCCAGUAUUUACAAAUAAACGGUCUAACUAGUA